UCAACCCCGACCUUCUCCGUUUCUUGCACCUUUAUCUUCUUCAAUUUAUAUCUCUUCCUCUCUAUCACAUUCACUGCCUUAUAACAUGUUUACUUUGGCUCGAGUUUUCAGCUUUUUGGAAUUUGAAUUAAGUUAGAGGAAUUGGUUUGUUGAAGGCUAGGAGAACGUGGUUGGAAAUGAAGAGGAAAUCGCAACUUCAACUUGUAGAACUUGAGGACUUAUAUAAAGCAGAAAAAAUAUAUCCUACGCAGGAGGAGAUGGAAGGCUAUGCCGUGUCUUUAGGACUAACUCUGAAGCAGGUUCUGCAAUGGUUUAUCUAUAAGAGGAAAAGGGAGAAAAGAACUAUUUUAUCUAUUCAUUCGAUGAAAAAAUCUUCUGCUUCUAUAAAAUGGAAUGUCAGUGGCAUUUUUUCUGCUAGCGAGAAUCAUAAAAGCACUUCUUCGGUUGGAGCAAACUGCUUCAGCAAGAAAAAGAAGAAAAUGCUUCUUCCUCAGGAUUUGUUGCCUGCUCUGUAUGUUCUAAAGAAGGUAUUUCGCAAGGAUGGUCCUCCGCUUGGUGUGGAAUUCGACUCUCUUCCUUCCCAGGCCUUUUUCCACUGCAAAGGUCCUAAAGAGUCUCAUCCUGCUGAUCAAGAGUGCAGAAGAGGAGAAGCCAAAAGGAGAAAGGUUUUGGAGUUUACUGGCUUGGACCAUCAGAACGACAGUAAUGAGAAAGCUCCAGUGAAGAAACAUGGCAUUGGAAAAGGUUUGAUGACAGCUUGGAGGGUUGUGAAUCCCGAGGGUGGAAAUAUUCCUACUGGUGUUGAUUUUUCUAAUAGAGAAAUCGGUGCUCCUCCUCAAAUUAGUCCUACAGUACGAAGACAACCACCCCGGAACAAAAGGCGACAGCCUAUAGUAUCUCAAAUGAAGCAGAGAAGUUUGAAGAAGUUGCAGGAAAAGAAGAAAUCAUGUCUGCAGGUAGUUGCUGAUUUUGUUGCAGCAAUUAAUGAGAAUUGGUUGAGUCAAUGCCACCAUAUUGAACAAGGGGGUUGUACUGUUAUUGAAGAAAUCAUAGCAUUCUUUCCAACAAUGCCCCAAACAUCAUCUGCACGUGCACUCUGGUUGGUGAAGUUGGACGAGUUCAUUGCAUCAUAUUUGAAGAAGGUUCAUUCUGAGAAGGAAACGGGAAGUGGGACCAGUUCAGAUAGAAGAGCACCAAAAGAAUAAAGCCAACCAUUUUCAGAGCUCAUAAAAAUGGGGAGCACAUUUGGUUGUACAAGGCAUUUGACGUCUUUUCUCUUUUCUCUUCAAAUUACUGAACCCACCACGUUUAUUCAUCAUUGGGACCUUCCUUUGAUUUCGAAGAAUGAAAGCAGAAAAAAGUACGAGACUGUACAGAGCUGAGUUUUGACUAAAAUUUCAUUUUUGGGUAUACCUUUGCUUAGGUAAUCUGAGCCUAUUUAGAUGUUGUACAGAGUUAGGUUCAUACAUAUGCAGGAAAAUCAAGUUAUAUAUAUAUAUACAAAACUUACAUGCAAUGGCUACUUAAGUCAGUUAAAUGAUUACCAUUUUCUACCAAUCUUUCUUCAUGGUAGAAAAAGGAAUGUUGCAGGUCCUUGUCUUAGCAGUAAAAAUCUCUUUUUAUUGAUGUUGACAGCAAACUUGUCAUUUAAUUUUGCUAUUAAGGAAUAAAAUGGUAUCAGCAUAUGUGGCU